GCCCAAAUGUGCCCCCAUCCCCCAUGAUUCCAUCCAUCCCAUCCCAACCCCCAUCCCUUUUUUGAGGGCCCGCCCUUCCGCUUUCCCACCGUCGCAUCUUCCCCACGCUCGCUCCCAAAUCCCAAAACCCCAAACCCCAAACUCUCUCCAACUGGCCCCGGGGCCACUUGUCGAACCCGCUGCCGACGGCCUGCCUCGCUUCUCCCGCCUCCGCAUACCUAGGUACUGUUUGGUGCGACCUCAUCCCGACUGCAAGUCAUCCCUCCGCCAGGCAGCGGUCCCUAGGUCUUGCCAUCCUCGCCUCUCCCCACCCCCAUGAUUCUCGCCAUCACCGCCUGUACCACCACCACCUAACCCGACCUAGCUGACCGACCUCAUCCUCUUGACGACAACAUAGCUGGUCCCCAAGUCCUGGCUGCCUUUGGUGACACCACCGAGCCCCGCCCAUCCCCUUCCCAGCGCCAUGACUGCCCAAAUCCUGCCCACCCACGCUGCCCACGCGUCCGACUUUGGAGCUGCACAGUCCUUUCCCCAGAACAUGGAGACGACCGCUGGUGCCCCCGAGCCUCAAACGCCCGCUUCCGACCGCGACGAGAACAGGGGACGCCGCCGCGAUCGCGACGAGGCCGACGCUGAGAACAAUGGAGAGGGCCCCGACGCUGGCGACGCGAACCGAGGCACCAGAAAACGGAGGCGCAGCAGAAAGGGUCUGGACAAGAAGUUCGAGUGUCCCCAUGAAGGCUGCGGCAAGAGCUAUUCGAGGGCCGAGCAUCUGUAUCGGCACCAGCUGAAUCACAACCCCAAGCAGAUCUACCACUGCGACUUUCCCGAGUGCCAUCGCUCCUUCGUACGCCAGGAUCUGUGUGCUCGCCACAAGGAGAGGCAUACGGCGAGGGGCUCCCAGCUGCUGCGCAAGGACGCCUACAUGACCAAUCUCAAUCCCAUUGUGACGGCCGCCAUGGCUCCGAGGAAUGCCUCAGUCAGCAAGCCAGGAGGCGUCAAGGAAUCUCCCACGCAAGCGAAACCCGAACGAGCCUACACAUUGCCCUCCCCCGCAACGGCGAGCCAAAGCUCCGUCACGGUCGGUGGCCAAAUGUCCCCUCCCAGCUUGCAAUCUCCUCCAUCUACCAUUGGGAGACCAGAGUUGAGCCGAGCGAGCAGCGACGAGUCCUACCGAAGCACCCAGCAAGACGCGAAACCCUACGACCUGCAAGCCGCUGCAUCGGGCAAUUUCGCUCCGCCCCGUCGCCCAUCCACCUACGGCAGCUUCAGCAGCAGAAGCGGCACCGUACAGAACUCGCCGCACCUGAGCAAUGCCAACUUUCAGCGGCCGGAGCUGCGGGCGCAGACAUCGAACCUGAACUCGUACGAAUCAAGCUCGCAUUACAGCAACUCGGCCACCCCGACCCAGUCGUAUCCACCCUCGGCUGCUUCUACCACAUAUCAGAAUUCCGCGAGCGCUUAUCAGCCACACCAGGCGUUUCCCCCAUUCUCCGCGUUGCCUCCUCCAGAGUAUCCUCAGUCGGCAAGUACACCUGCGCCCCGGGACCAGAACGGCCAGUACUACAAUGGCACCACCGGACAGACCCCCAUGAACGGCGUCGAGUCGACCUCGCAGAUGGACAACAGGAUGAAUGCCGUGUCGGACGCCAUGAUGGAUAGCAGCGCUCCCGCCUUUGCCGUGCCCAUGUUCGGUGGCGAGGGAUAUAGCAGGUCACCCUUCGCCAUGGCCGACGACUUCACUGCAUGGCUGUUCAACGAUCAGGCGUUCGGGGGGCAGGGUGCCUCGCCCAUGGCUUACAACGCCGCUAACCCGACGGCUUCCUCGCAGAUCGGCCUGCAGGCUCCCUACUUCAACUACGAUCCGACCGUGACGGGUUACUACAAUCCAGUCCCUCCCUCGCACCCCAUGGCCGUCCACAGCAUCCUGGACACCACCCUCCCGGAGAGCGCCUUGUCGGAUGAGAAGCGCAAAGACCUGCUGCAUCUGAUCGUUGUGCGCUUCAAUGAGACGGACCACGCACCCGUCAAGAAGCAGAAGGACGAGAUCCUCGAAGGGAACCAGGAUGACAACAGCCACGUCCUCAGCUUGCACAUGAUGCAGACGUACAUCAGCUCUUACUGGGUACACUUCCACCCGCAGUUCCCCAUCCUCCACAAGCCCACCUUCACUGCCGGAGCCUGUCCGGACCUGCUCCUACUCUGCAUCAUGUGUCUGGGAGCCACGCGCCUCGAGAAGACGCACGGUCAUGAGAUCACGCAGGCAUGCGCGGCACUGUCCAACUUCCUGGCGUGGCAUCUGCGCUGGGAGAUCUUCCAACAUGCCGAUUUCCGCCCGCCUGCCAAGCUGUGGGUAUUCCAGGCGCUGCUUCUCCUCGAGGUGUUCGAGAAGAUGUACUCGACGCGUCCGCUGCACGAGCGCGCGCACAUUCAUCAUGCAACCACGUUGACGCUGAUGAGGCGAGGAAGCUCCUUGAUUGGCAGGUCCGCCUUGGACUCUCCGCCCAGCGCCAAUGAUGGCAAGACCAAUGGGAGUGGAGUCAACACGGCAGACGACUGGUGGAACCACUGGAUCACCAACGAGGCAACCAGAAGGGCGGCUUUCGGAGCCUUCGUCAUGGACAGCAUACACGCGACCAUGUUCGGCCACAGUGCAGUCAUGGUGGCGCACGAGAUGCGCUUGCCAUUGCCAUGCGAUGAGCACAUGUGGGCUGCGACCAGCGGCGCCGAGGUGGCACGAAUGGAGCAGACGCUACAGUCUCACGGCUUCAAGCCCACGACCUUCCUGGACGGCCUGAAGAAGACGCUCAACGGGCACAGCGUCAAGACGAACCCAUUUGGGCGCACCAUCAUCAUGGCUGGGUUGCUGAGCGUGUCCUGGCACAUGAACCAGCGAGAUCUCCAGGUGAGCUCUUUGGGGGUGUCGCAGGCGCUGGGUGGACGGGACAAGUGGCGAGGCUCGCUGACACGUGCGUUCGACUUCUGGGACACCGACUUUGAGUCGUCGAUGCAGCAUCGUCCCACCGGUCGAGGUGGGAACGGGUAUUCGAGCUCCACCCCGGAUGACAACAAGACCAACGAGGCUCGCACUGUACUCCACCACCUUGCGCACAUGGCCAUGCAUGUCGACAUUGUCGACUGCCAGAUCUAUGCCGGCGCGAGCCGACUUCUCGGGCGGUCCAUCACCCCGCAGGACUACAACGGGGCGCAGAGGAGGAUGAAGGAGCAGUGGGCGCCGACGGCGCGCGCUCGGGAUGCGACGUUCUAUGCUCUCCGCUUCCUGAUCAGCGUUCUGGUGCCGAGCGAAAACAACGGCGAUAUCCCACUCGAGAUCCAUUACUCGGCUCGAGAAGACGACCUGCUCAACCGACCCUGGGUCCUCUACUUUGCAACCCUCAUCGUGUGGUCGUAUGGAUAUGCGCUCGACGGCCCGGUCAAGGUGCCUUACCAGCUGCCAACGUACGAGGACAAGGUGAAGGACAUGGUUUUGUUCCUGCGGCGUGUGGGCAGCGUGGCGACACCCGAGGAUCUGCAGAAGACGGAAAACCGCAACGCGUGCUUGGGCAUGCUGAUCAUUAUGCGCGACAUCUUCAAGAAGACGAGGUGGGAGUUGCUGCACGAGGCGAGCAGUCUGCUGACCAAGUGCCUCGAGAUGCUGCUUCCUGGGGCGGGAUCCAUGUAGGGGAAAUGGUGCUGUUGGUGACGAUUGCAAGGACGCAGAUGGGACGAUUGGGUUUUGUUGUUUUUCACUUACGAGCGUAAUGAGCGGAGGGGUUGGGAGUUUUCUUUGCACCUUUGCUUUUGUAGCAUCCGCUUUCUGUCUCUGAUAUUUUGCAGUUUACCGAUGGAUACUUGAUCGAGGGCAGAUUAUAUCUAUGAUGUAUGGCGGACGACAUGGCUAUCAUAAGGGGGUGGGAUGACUUGCAGGUUGGUAAAUGCAUUGGCCAUAGCAUAGCCAUGGGGGACGAUUUCCGGACUUUUUUGGAGGCGGAAAAGAGUGGACCUUUUUUUGUUGAUAUACCCUGGGUGGAUAUGAAACGUUUGUGGUCGUUCCGUUUAUCGUAUGAUUAUCAUUAUUAGUAUUACUGAGUGGGUCCAAAAUAUAAGGGAUAUUGGGAGAUGGAGUAAGGGAAAUGGAAUGAGUGAGUGCCUGUG